AUGAGUUCCUACGUGUCCCAAUACCCGCCGGCUGUUGAGUUCGACCCUGCAUACAAGAAAUUCUUCGAGGAAUUCUACGCUACGUCCGAUGCAGCAGAAGCGCAUGAGGAAUACGUCCAGUACUUCACUAAGGAUGCAACCCUCGUCAUGGCCUCCAAGAGGGUAGUAGGCCGGGAAGAGAUCUUAGCCCUGCGCAAAAUGUUUCCGUUCGGUCCGAAGUCAGACGAGGUCAUGUUGUACGGGACGGUCAAGUACGGCUUCAAGGCAGGCGGAGAAGCCAGCAAAGAUUGGGCUGCAAGGGCGCACCUAGUCAAGGAGGACGGUGGCAAGGUGAAGAUGAACUUCUAUCAAGUCUACCUGGAUACCGGAGCUUAG